CUCGCAUAAACCCUACCAAAACCCCUCUUCGACCUCGUUGCCUCGUAACAUUUUUCUUCAUUUUUUCUCCUUUCCAUGGCAAGAGAUAGUUCCGUGUUGAAUUCCUUGUGCUUCGAGCCAAUCUCUUCUCCAUGAAAUCUUCCACUGCAUUUUCAAACAUCUCCAUCCGACAAGAACCCUAGAUUCCUACUCUCCUUCUUCUCAGGAAAUUUCCGGAAUAAAUGGCUCAGAAAUGUGCAAUCAGUAUAAUCUCGGCCUUCACAGCCUCUGCUUCGCUUGCGCAGUCCAAAGUUGCCGCUGCUGAUGGCCCUUUCAAUUUCCUCUCCGGUUCUUCCGCUUCGCCGAGUCCUCAGCAGCCUUCUCCGCCGCCGCAAUCUCAGCAAGGGUCAUCGACAGCCGGCGGAGAGUCUCCGGAUGCUCCGAGGGUUCGGAAUGAUCAUCCAAGGACGACGUCUGCUGGGUUCGAUCCGGAGGCGCUUGAGCGAGGGGUCAAGGCAUUGAAGAAGAUCAAUAGCUCCUCUCAGGCUAAAAAGGUAUUUGAAGGUAUAAAGAAGCGAGAAGAGACGAGGCAAGCAGAGUUUUCUGCAAAGGCGCAGGAAUUCAAAGCGAUGCAAGCCCAAUCUGAAACUGAGAGACAAAGGGUAAUAUAUGAUGAACAGAAAAAACUUGCUCAGCAUCAGGCGCAAACAAAAUCACAGAUGGCUCGUUAUGAAGACGAGCUUGCAAGAAAGAGGAUGCAGGCUGAGAAUGAACUUCAAAGAGGAAGAAAUCAAGAGCUCGUGAAACUGCAAGAAGAAUCGGCAAUCAGGCAGGAACAGACUCGGAGAGCUACCGAGGAACAGAUCCAGGCACAGAGGCGACAAACAGAGAGGGAAAAGGCCGAGAUAGAACGAGAAACAAUCAGGGUCAAGGCUAUAGCUGAAGCGGAAGGGAGAGCUCAUGAGGCAAGGCUUGCUGAAGAUGUAAACAGGAGAAUGCUUGUAGAUCGUGCAAAUGCAGAAAGGGAGAAAUGGGUUGCUGCCAUAAAUACUACAUUUGAUCAUAUUGGAGGGGGCUUGCGUGCAAUUUUGACAGAUCAAAAUAAGCUGGUUGUUGCUGUUGGGGGUGUAACCGCACUUGCAGCUGGGAUCUACACAACUAGGGAAGGUGCAAAGGUUAUCUGGAGUUACGUAGACAGAAUAUUAGGACAACCAUCCUUAAUAAGAGAAUCGUCAAGAGGAAAGUAUCCUUGGUCUGGUGUGGUUUCUCGUGCCAUGUCCACUUUACGGGCUGGAAGUAAGGAGUCAGCAUCGAAAACUGUAACUGGUUUCGGUGAUGUUAUUUUGCAUCCAUCUCUACAAAAGAGAAUCGAGCAACUAGCUAAUGCAACUGCCAACACAAAAUCUCACCAGGCACCUUUCCGCAAUAUGCUUUUCUAUGGCCCUCCAGGAACUGGGAAAACAAUGGCUGCCCGGGAGCUGGCCCAUAAAUCUGGUUUGGACUAUGCACUGAUGACUGGUGGGGAUGUUGCGCCGCUUGGACCUCAGGCAGUAACAAAGAUACACCAACUUUUCGAUUGGGCCAAAAAGUCUAAGAGAGGCUUAUUGCUCUUCAUUGAUGAAGCUGAUGCGUUUUUGUGCGAACGGAACAAAACAUACAUGAGUGAAGCUCAGAGGAGUGCACUGAAUGCCCUACUAUUCCGAACUGGUGACCAAUCGAAGGACAUAGUCCUAGCACUUGCUACGAACCGACCUGGUGACCUUGACUCAGCCGUGGCCGACCGUGUUGAUGAAGUUCUCGAGUUUCCCGUGCCUGGAGAAGGAGAACGGUUCAAGCUUCUGAAGCUCUAUCUGGACAAGUACAUCGCUCAGGCUGGUCAAAGAAAACCGGGUUUGUUCUCCAUCAUCUUCAAGAAAGAGCAACAAAGAAUUGAGAUAAAGGGCAUCAACGAUCACAUCCUGAAGGAAGCAGCGGCAAAAACAGAGGGAUUUUCGGGUAGAGAAAUCGCGAAAUUGAUGGCAAGCGUACAGGCAGCUGUGUAUGGAAGUGAGAACUGCGUGUUGGAUCCCAACCUUUUCAGAGAGGUCGUUGAUUACAAAGUUGCAGAGCAUCAGCAAAGAAUAAAACUAGCUGGAGCUGAUGUUGAUUCGGGCAACAAGAAAUGAAAAACAGCUUUCUUCUCAACAUACGUAUUCACAAAGUGUAGCAUUCACUUAUUAGAGACAUUAACGGAGCAGGAAGUCAAACCCUGCAAUUGUUUCAGAGGGAUUUUCAUUUAUAUUCUCUCAUUUGUUCCAAGGAGAGUUUUUGGUUU